AUGGCCAAAAAAAGAGUCAAGAAGAGGACGCACGUUGGUGCUAACAACCCUCUUAGACCAUCCGAAAGCAAUGGCGCGAGAGAACCCCGUUCAAUGGUUAUUCGCAUUGGUGCAGGAGAAGUCGGAUCUAGCGUCUCCCAGCUGGCUGCCGAUGUUCGUAAAGUUCUCGAACCGGGCACCGCGAGUCGUCUGAAGGAGAGACGUGCGAACAGGCUGAAAGAUUACGUCGUAAUGACUGGUCCCCUUGGUGUCACACAUCUCCUUCUAUUCUCAAGAUCUGAGAGCGGCAACACCAACUUGCGCAUUGCCCUUACGCCUCGUGGCCCUACCAUGAACUUCCGAGUCGAGAAGUAUUCUCUUUCAAAGGAUGUUCAAAAGGCACAAAGGCGCCCCAAGGGUAGUGCGAAGGAGCAGCUUGCUCCGCCUCUGCUGGUCAUGAACAACUUUCAUUCCCCUGAUGCGGACGCAAAGUCGAAAGUUCCGAAGCACCUUGAGUCUCUUGCGACCUCUGUAUUCCAGUCUCUGUUCCCUCCCAUCAACCCCACAACAACACCUCUCAAAAACAUCCGCCGAGUGCUGCUUUUGAACCGCGAACAAGAUCCUGAGAAUGAGGGCUGCUUCAUCCUUAACUUCAGGCACUACGCCAUCACAACACGUGCUACGGGUAUCUCAAGGCCACUACGAAGACUCGACCGAGCCGAGAAGCUGCUGGCUUCCAAGGUUGGCAAGAAGGGCGGCGUGCCCAAUUUGGGGAAGCUCGAGGAUAUCGCCGACUUCAUGAUUGGCGGAGAGAAUGGCGACGGCUAUAUGACGGAUGCCACAAGCGGCAGCGAGGUCGACACGGAUGCCGAGAUUGAGGUUUUGGAGCCGACGACGAAGAAGAUCGCUAAGCAGCGCGCCGCUCCGGUGGAAGAUGAAGGAGCCGAUGAUGCCGAUGCCGUUGAGAAACGCGCUGUCAAACUGGUGGAGAUUGGUCCGCGCAUGCGCCUGCGUUUGACCAAGGUCGAAGAGGGCCUCUGCUCUGGCAAAGUUAUGUGGCACGAGUAUGUGCACAAGUCCAAAGAAGAGAUCAAGGAGAUGGAGCAGCGAUGGGAGAAGAGGAACCAGGAGAAGGAAGCCCGGCGAAAACAGCAAAAGGAGAACAUUGAGAAGAAGCGGAAAGCCAGGGCUGAACGGGGUGAAGCAGAAGGAGAUGAGAGCGAUGUGGAUAUGGACUACGACGACGAGUUUGAUAGUGAGGGUCUGGCGGGUGACGCAGAAUACCAGGUCAAUGAGGAAAUGGAGGAUGCGGGCGAGUGGGAGGAUGAGGAAGAGGAGAUCGCGAAUGAAUGA